ACUACACUGACAGGAGAAAAAGAUGCCAAUGGGACUGAGAUCCAGUUGGUGGAAGUCAUCACUGACUCUCCUCUGCCUCUCUCUCUCCACCAUGAGGGCUUCUUCUGGCGCUGUGUGUUUCAGGUGGAACCCACAACGCAUGUAGUCUUGGCCACUCUCUUCACAAACCAGCCAGAAUCCAAGGUGUGCAUCCAUGGUUACCUCUUCCCUCUUCCUGUCACAAUUGGACAGGUGCCUCAUCCAAGUUAUGAUGUUGCAGCAGUGUUUCGAGGCUUCUGGACCGUGCUGACCAUCCUCGGGCUGGUCUCGGCUCUGACUGGAAGCUUCCUCUUGAUCUGUGGUGUCCCCUUUAUCAGCCACAAACUCUACAAGCUGGGCGGAGCCUUCCUCAUCGCUGCUGCCUGCUUGUUCCUGUUUAUGCUUCUGCUCUAUGUACUGUGGAUGGAGGUGGUGGAUGUGAAGCGUUACAUCCUGCAGGAGAGAGGAGACGCAUGCCCGCACGCCCACGUUUCAGUGCUCUACGGCCUGUCGUUCAUGGUGGCGGCGGCUGGCGUGCCUCUGGAGCUCGUCUCUGGGCUGGUCUUCAUGUUGGUGGGCCGGGCGUUGUGUGACAGCAAGUGACCACACCAUCUGGCCCACUGGAGGAGACAGGACCGACCUGGACUUGGACCGAGUGGCACAUUUGUGUGACGUACACUAAAUACAGGCUAGAAAGAUACGACCAGUAUUACAGCACCAGCCUUUACGUGUUAAGUAGCAUGCAGUCAGAGACACUGGUUUAGAGUUUGUUGAUUGCUAUUAGGAAAAACAUCUCAUCUAAAAAUCUAACUAAUGAAUAUCACAACAACACUUGCCAAUGAAUGUCACUACCACAGUGUUUUGCAGUUUAUGGGGUUAGUGUGAUGUGAUAGGUAUAGUAUAUGAUAAUUAAGAAGAAAUAUGUGACGUGCCAAGACUGCUUUUAUUUAACAAUACUUUUUUCACUUGUUUGCAUUCUCCUGUCGUUAUUAAUGCUGCAUCUGAUGAGUCCACACCGCGAAAGGUGAGAUGCAUUUGGCUGAUAAUCAAAGUAGGCUACAGUAGCUGGAGUACAGUGAG